UUUACAGUCUCAGACAGUCAUUGGCAGUCAAUCACAUCCUACUGAACUGUCGAGCUGUCGACACUACAUAUACGGAAGUCUUAACUCAGAAGCACUUCAAAGAACAGCGCCCUAUUUCCAGUUAAAAAGAGUCUCGGAUUCUAUUUGAACGGAAUGAAAAUAAGCGAAGAAAUGCUGUUCUGACAGACAUGGAUUUGUGGAUAUUAACUAGCUCAUGAAAGGGAUAAUGCUGCGUGUUAAAAUCCUGCCAACAUUUGGAUAAGACAUUGUGAGAGUUUGAUCAGAGGCACUAAAGACAUACUGUGAGAGUUUGAUCAGAGGCACUAAAGACAUACUGUGAGAGUUUGAUCAGAGGCACUAAAGACAUUCUGUGAGAGUUUGAUCAGAGGCACUAAAGACAUACUGUGAGAGUUUGAUCAGAGGCACUAAAGACAUUCUGUGAGAGUUUGAUCAGAGGCACUUAAGUGGUAACUGAACCAGCUUACAUGACAAGUGACUGAUUGCACAACCGGUGCAAACAGAGAGUUUGUCUACUAUAUUAUCCAUGUAACAAGUAUUCUAGUGGAACUGUCUUGGAGGAAUUUGUGUUGGAGGAAUAUUGUCUGGCAGCAAUGGAGUCUCAAAGCAGUAUACCUCUACGACUUCCAAAGUCUCAACUCUUCAGCUACAGUGUAGGCCAUGCCUUAAACGAUUUGACAGCCUCCAUGUGGUUCAGUUAUUUGCUGAUUUACUUCCACAAAGUGAUAUCAUUUGACAAUAGCCUGGCAGGUGCUCUGAUGCUGUUGGGGCAGAUUGUGGACGCGAUCUGCACACCUUUUGUGGGCUAUGAAUCUGACAGAACAAAAGGGCUGUGGAAAAUUGGCAAGAGGAAAACAUGGCAUUUGAUAGGCAGCAUAUGCGUGUUGGGCAGUUUUACAUUUGUGUUUAACCAGUGCAUCACAUGUUCUCACGCUCCGGACUGGUCCAGAUUCAUCUAUUAUGCCCCGUUCGUGGUAAUCUUCCAGUUUGGUUGGGCCUCCGUACAGAUCUCACAUCUUUCUCUCAUACCUGAACUCACAGAGAAUGAACACGAGCGAGUAGAACUCAAUGGUUUCAGGUACGCCUGCACUGUGUUGUGUAACCUGUUAGUCUAUGGCAUCUUCUGGCUGAUAUUUAAUGUACAACAUGUAGCAGGUGACACAAACAUGCUCUCCGUGAAAGAUGCCCCAAGAUUCCAGCUGUUAGUGUUUAUAAUCCUGGGGAUAGGGCUGGUGUUUGUCAUCGUCUUCCACUUGGGGACGAAGGAGAGAGUGCGGGAAAACACAAGUAUUAACGCUGUGGGAGGCGAGUCCUUGGCUGCCACAAUAGAGCGGUCCACAGAGAAUCGAAACAAGAUGGCAUGGAAAUGCUGGCUUAAGGAACACCAGUUCUAUCAGGUGGCUGCUAUCUAUAUGUGUACUCGUCUAGUCGUCAACAUUUCACAGGUCUACCUGCCUAUGUAUCUGACAGAAUCACUCAAAGAAAAUAAGGAGUUUAUUGCAAUCAUCCCCCUGGUGGUGUACGUCAGUGGAUUCUUUACCUCAUUGUUAAUGAGAUUUGUGAACAAGAUUCUUGGAAGAAAACUGACCUUUGCCCUGGGUGCCGUGCUGAUCGUAGCUUCCUCUGUGGCACUAUAUUGUAUCCAACCCAGUGCUUCCAAGUAUGUCUAUGGGGCAGCAGUUCUCAUUGGCAUAGGGGGCUCCACCAUGUCCGUGACUGCCCUGGCCAUGACCGCUGAUCUCAUCAAAAAUAACAUUGAAAGUGGGGCAUUUGUAUAUGGCGCUAUGAGUUUUGUGGACAAGCUGACGAAUGGUGCUGCCGUAAUGCUGGUGCAGGAGUUCCACCCAUGUUUGAAACCUAUAGAUAAGAGCACAUCCAGUUGUGGCUGCUGCGCAGCAUGUGUCUGGUAUUAUCGGGAUGUUGUGACCUUUCUUCCUGGAGGGGCAGCCAUGUUGGCACUGGUGGUUCUAGCGACGUUGAUCCCCCAGCAAAUUGGGACUAGGAGGAAGAAUGUUAUGAAAAGGAUGAAGACUGUAUUUAACCAGGAAAAUGAAGUAUCAGUGCCUGGUACAGAAAAACACACUGAAGGGGAAAAUUCAGAGAGUGAUCCACUGUUGUCAACAGCAGAGAGAGGUGUGGCGUUUUAUGGAACUUAGUGCUAGUAGACAUGAAUUAGUAUGUGAUAUGUGAUAAUACUAUGGGCCAGAUGUCUCCCCUGCAUGUCUUCCUGGUACCAGCAGUCUCGCAGGGCUGUUUUGUUUUUCCAUAAGUGAUGUUGCAAUGAUGAUAUAAUGGCUUCUGUACACUUUCUGUACACAAUGAUGUCAAACUCCAAUUAUUAUGAUUCAUUGAAAACGAUAAGGGUGCUAAACUUAGGGCAGAGUUAAAUAAGUGUAGAAUAACUUAGGGCAGAGUUAAACAGGUGGGCAUCUUAUGUGAUGCAACAGGCACAACUAGACCCUGUACUCAUAAGGGGAAGUAACUCUUACCCUUUAUACAUGUACUGAUGGCUUACAUUAUUUUGGAGUUUUUCAGCUCUGUGAUAUUUGGUUGAAGUUGCUGGCAAGUUUAUCUCACACACAUUGUAUAUUAGCAGGUGAUGGAAAAAUAAAAUUUCUAAUCAUUUUCUGUAAUAAUUUCCUUUGUCAAAGCAUUGACAAAAUAGUACUCACAUCUCAUCUUAUCAUAAGUCUGCUUUUGUGGACUUUGUGACAACACCUGUGGGCAUGUUUGUGCAUUCUUAAAUUCCUUGAAGACUAUCUGUUUACCACUAAAUAUGGCAUGCAAGUCUGUACUUCACACAUGGGAAAGACUGUCACCAAUAUGGCAUGCAUGUCUGUACUUCACACAUGGGAAAGGCUGUCACCAAUAUGGCAUGCUUGUCUGCGCUUCACACAUGGGAAAGGCUGUCACCAAUAUGGCAUGCAGGUCUGUACUUCACACAUGGGAAAGACUGCCACCAAUAUGGCAUGCAGGUCUGUACUUCACACAUGGGAAAGUCUGCCACCAAUAUGGCAUGCUUGUCUGCACUUCACACAUGGGAAAGACUGCCACCAAUAUGACAUGCACGUCUGUACUUCACACAUGUGAAAGUCUGUCACCAAUAUGGCAUGCAGGUCUGUACUUCACACAUGGGAAAGUCUGUCAUCAAUAUGACAUGCACGUCUGUACUUCACACAUGUGAAAGACUGCCACCAAUAUGGCAUGCAGGUCUGUACUUCACACAUGGGAAAGGCUGUCACCAAUAUGGCAUGCAGGCCUGUACUUCACACAUGUGAAAGUCUGUCACCAAUAUGGCAUGCAGGUCUGCACUUCACACAUGGGAAAGACUGCCACCAAUAUGGCAUGCUUGUCUGCGCUUCACACAUGGGAAAGACUGCCACCAAUAUGGCAUGCAGGUCUGCACUUCACACAUGGGAAAGGCUGUCACCAAUAUGGCAUGCAGGUCUGC